UCUUGGUUCACAAUUUUUGUACUCAAGUAAGUCUCUUAUAACAAUCGUUGUGAAUAGAGACUUACAGGGACGACCUGGUGAACACAGUGAAUUAUAGAAGAAAAGAUGGAUUCUCGCAUGGGUUCUCUGCUUGGAUGCUUGUUCAUCGUAGCAGCUCUGCUUCAGGGAGGCGCCGCACAGGUAACACACGUUGUCGGAGGCAAUGUUGGAUGGACUAUUCCUGCUUCUGGCUUCUCAUAUGAUACAUGGGCUGCCAACCAAACGUUCAGGGCCGGCGAUACAUUAAUUUUCAACUUCCAAACUGGUGCCCACGACGUGGCUGUCGUCUCAGCGGCUGAUUAUACUGCCUGUACCAAAGGAAACCCUAUCGGAACCAUUUUAAACACAGGCCCAGCAAGCAUCAAAAUUAAUACCACAGGAAAUCACUACUACAUCUGCACUUUUGGCCAACACUGUGAGGCAAAACAGAAGCUGGCAAUCACCGUUGGGUCCUCUACAGGCAGUCCCACCUCGGCACCAACACCUUCAACAACCCCAACAACCACUGGAGGAACUUCACCCACUUCACCCAGCUCUUCACCUAGCUCUGCUUCUUCGGUCACUGUUGGCGCCUUCUCUAUUCUUCUGCUAUCCACUGUCAUCGCUUUCUUUUAUUAAUUUAUGAUUUUUUUUUAAUGCAUCAUCACCAUAUCUAGAGAUUAUUUUGUGUCUUGUCUUUUCUCUGCAGCGUCUUCUCUCUAGCCGCCACCCCCCCUUCUUCCAUGAGGCGUGCAUAGACGU